UUACACAGUUCUCCCUACAGUACGGGUCCUCAACUCGGGUAUUCACGCCACUAAUCUUUCGCCAUAAUUCCGUUCAAAUCCUAAAAUGUCUCUCUCCGGUAAAGUCACCCUCAUCACGGGCGGUGGGAAAAACUUGGGUGCCGCGAUUGCGAGCCUCUUCGCCGCCGAAGGAGCCCAUCUGGCCUUGCACUACAACUCGGCAUCGUCCAAGGAUGCAACCGAAUCCUUUGCGGACCAGAUGUCGUCCAAACACAGCAACAUCAAGGUGAAGACGUAUCAGGGCGACCUCACCAAAGUCUCGAACGUCACGGCGCUCUUCGACGCCGUACAAAAGGACUUUGGCGGCAAGGUCGACAUCGUCAUCAACACCGUCGGGAAAGUGCUGAAGAAGCCUCUGGCCGAGAUCUCGGAGAAGGAAUACGACGAAAUGUUCGCCGUCAACUCCAAAUCCGCCUUCUUCAUCACCCAAGAAGCCGCCAAACGCGUCAGUCAAGGUGGCAAGAUCAUCAACACGGUCACCAGUCUGCUGGCCGCCUACACACCGCUGUACUCGAGCUAUCAGGGAUCGAAAGCUCCGGUUGAGUAUUUCACCAAAGGUUUGAGUAAAGAGUUGAUGCCCAAGAGCAUCAGCGUCAACGCUGUGGCCCCUGGACCCAUGGAUACUCCCUUCUUCUAUGGCCAGGAAACUCCCGAAGCAGUGGCAUUCCACAAGUCCAAUGCCAUCGAUGGACGAUUGACUCUUGUGACCGAUAUUGCGCCCAUCUACAAAUUCCUUUGCACAGAAGGUGCAUGGAUCAAUGGCCAAACCCUCUUUGCCAACGGAGGAUACACGAGCCGUUAAGAGGUUGAUCAUUCAUGCAGGAAAAGGUGCUCAACGAGACGAUGAACCUGUCAGGAUUUCUCAGCCAGCCUUUAGAUUCAACCCUGUUGUUCGGGGGCAUCGACUCUAGCAUGGACGAUAUUCGUUGGGGUUUUGGAUGCAUAUGCGGCAAUUCUCCUUGAGAAACACUUGGUGAUUUUGCCUGACCUCGAACCAUUCUAGUUGAUAUUUUUCUGUGAGGGAAUGCGAUCCAUGUUUUACAUACCAUGUACUCUGUGAUUUUCCUCCUUAUGUGAAAGGAAAAUUGUUUUUAAAUCAACUCGAUUCGAGAUUCUCUGGUAAAUAUUGCUGACGAGGGGCCAAGACAAAAAAGUCUUGACCGGGAGAUACUUACGUA